AUGCCCUGCGGACAUCAUGAUAGAUUGAACAAUGUCGAAGCCGCAUCUAUGGAGUAUGCGGCCGCCCAUUUUUCGGUGGAUUUUAUCAGAACAUUUGCGGGUGCGAGUAGCGGAAUCGCGUCCAGCAUAGUGACCUGCCCCCUGGAUGUUAUCAAAGUAAAGUUGCAAGCUCAAGGUGGUUUACGGCGAGAAACAGCCUCCUCUCGGCUUCCGCACGCGAAUCAGAGCUUACUCGGCGUCGGCCGACAGGUGUGGCUUGAGAAAGGAUUGCGAGGAAUGUACCAGGGCUUAGGGCCAAGUGUACUUGCUUACUUUCCUAGGUGGGCCAUUUUCUUCGCUACCUACCAUCGAAGCCACGAAGCUUUCGAUGAAUGGUUUGACGUAAAUAGCCAGUGGGUGACCUCGUUCAUGUCAUCGCUAACAGCGGGGACUUUCUGCAUUACUGCUACCAACCCAAUCCUAGUUAUCAAAACUAGACUCAUGUCGCAGACCAGUAUCUCCAACAGGACAUAUGCGAGGCCGGAUUGGCAGUACAAGUCGUCAUUCGACGCAGCUCGGCAAAUUUACUCCAAGGAGGGUAUUCUAGCUUUCUAUUCCGGUUUGACACCAGCCCUACUCGGGGUAUCGCAUCUUGCGAUCCAGUUUCCUCUAUACGAACAUCUGAAGAGGACAUUCACGGGAUCAGGGCUCGGAGAAGAGAAUGAAAAGUCUCGCUAUAACAUAUUGGGAACUCUAAUGGCAGCCUCCGUCAGCAAGAUAGUUGCCAGUUCGGCAACAUAUCCUCACGAAGUUAUUCGAACCCGGCUUCACAUGCAGCAAAGUCCGAAGUUUACGAUACCAGCAUCACCGUGGUACGGUGGCAUAAUGGUGACCGCUAAUACAGUCUGGCAAAAGGAGGGGUGGCGAGGUUUCUAUGCUGGUAUGAAGACGAGCAUGAUACGAGCUGUGCCAGCCUCGGUGACGACCAUUGCAUGCGUGCAUGCCGAUGCUCCCUCUAAACGGCUGGUAUUCAAGGGGCCUUGGAAUGUGGUAGUUGAGUUGUUUGGGUUUGCACGCUCCCUCGCGCACCAGUUUGGCAUUAACAAGAUCCAGACUGAAGUUUGCAUCAGCACUAGCCGGUAG